AUACCAUCCCCGGUUUAAUUCCAUUCUUCUCAUUCUCCUCCUUCGUCGGAGUCUGAUAUAUCAAGUUCUCGAGCAAGGCUCGCUACUCUUGACGCUCACUACCAAUCACCACCACCCCCGCCACACAUCAUACUUUCCAUCAAUUACUCCCACGUUCCUUCAUCACCGCCAAAAUGGGUUGUGGCAUGAGUACCGAAGACAAGGAGGGCAAGGCCCGUAACGAGGAGAUCGAGAACCAGCUCAAGCGGGACAAGAUGAUGCAGAGGAACGAAAUCAAGAUGCUGCUGCUGGGUGCUGGAGAGUCCGGAAAAUCGACCAUUCUCAAGCAGAUGAAGCUGAUCCACGAGGGUAGCUACUCCCGCGAUGAGCGCGAAUCUUUCAAGGAAAUCAUCUACAGCAACACUGUCCAGUCUAUGCGCGUCAUCUUGGAGGCUAUGGAGUCGCUGGAGCUGCCCUUGGAAGACGCUCGCAACGAAUACCACGUGCAGACCGUUUUCAUGCAACCCGCUCAGAUCGAAGGUGACAACUUGCCCGCAGAGGUUGGCAAUGCCAUUGGCGCUCUGUGGCGCGAUAGUGGUGUACAGGAGUGCUUCAAGCGGUCUCGCGAAUACCAGCUGAAUGACUCCGCCAAGUACUAUUUCGAUGCCAUCGACCGUAUCGCGCAGCCCGACUAUCUUCCCACGGACCAGGAUGUUCUCCGCUCGCGUGUCAAGACAACCGGUAUCACGGAGACAACGUUCAUUAUCGGCGACCUGACGUACCGCAUGUUCGACGUCGGUGGUCAGCGUUCGGAACGUAAGAAGUGGAUCCAUUGCUUCGAGAAUGUCACCACGAUUCUUUUCUUGGUCGCCAUCUCCGAAUACGACCAGCUGUUGUUCGAGGACGAGACUGUCAACCGUAUGCAGGAAGCGCUUACCCUGUUCGACUCGAUUUGCAACUCCCGUUGGUUCGUCAAGACCUCGAUCAUUCUGUUCCUGAACAAGAUCGAUCGCUUCAAGGAGAAGCUGCCCGUCAGCCCCAUGAAGAACUACUUCCCCGACUACGAGGGCGGUGCCGACUACGCCGCCGCGUGCGAUUACAUUCUCAACCGCUUUGUCUCUCUCAACCAAGCCGAGCAGAAGCAGAUCUACACCCACUUCACAUGUGCUACGGAUACCACGCAAAUCCGUUUCGUCAUGGCCGCAGUUAACGACAUUAUCAUCCAAGAAAACCUGAGACUGUGUGGUCUGAUCUAAUGACCGGUAUAUUUCGAUCGAGUGACAAUUUCUCGACAUUUAGACCGUAUGCUAUGUGACUUGUAAUCUUGUCUUUUGCUCUUUGUCAUACCAUGUCGCAAUUUGUUUUUUUUUUUUUUUUUUUUUUUGAGAGACCCUGGCGUUGAGACAUUCACUUGUCUAUUUUACUAAUUCCCUAU